ACGGGCGGAGUCGGUCGCCGUCAGAGAUAAAUUGUGAGUGGUACAAUAGUGAGUGCCGGGUACAAAACUGUCCUUUUUACAAUUUCUGUAGAGGGACCGUAAUCGGUGUACCUAGGACCAUACAAGUAAAUUAAUUGAAAAAGGGAAAUUGAAAGGAAGAAUAUGUCGGCAAAUAAAGAUGGAGACGGUGGAUGGAGGAGCUUUGUGUGGAAUUCAGAGAAAAAGGAAUUUCUUGGACGCACUGGGGGCAGUUGGUUCAAGAUCUUCUUGUUCUACGUGAUAUUCUACGGAUGCCUGGCAGGGAUCUUCAUCGGGACCAUCCAGGCCCUUCUCCUGACCCUGAGCAACUACAAACCCACCUACCAGGACCGCGUGGCCCCCCCAGGUCUGACACACACCCCACGCUCGGAAAAAUCCGAAAUAUCUUUCAACAUAAAUGACGAGACGACUUAUAAGAAGUACGUGGACAGCAUGGUCACGUUCCUGGAGAGGUAUGAUGAAGAAAACCAGACCAACGAGAUGAACUUUGAAGACUGUGGAGAGGUGCCAGGCACGUACAUGGAUCGCGGGGAGCUGGAGAGCGCAGACGGGGCCAGGAAGGCCUGCAGGUUCAAGAGGACCUGGCUGAAGGGAUGCUCUGGGAUGGAAGACAAAACCUUUGGCUUCCAAAGCGGGAAGCCAUGUCUGCUCGUCAAGCUCAACAGGAUCGUCAACUUCAGACCAAAGCCUCCGACCAACAGUAGCGCCUUGCCAAUACCAGUCCAGGUCAAACUCCAUCCCAACUUGAUCCCCAUCUACUGCACUAACAAGAGGGAUGAGGACGAAGGGAAGAUCGGAGAGAUCCAGUACAUUGGGAUGGGAGGUGGAUUCCCCCUGCAGUACUACCCCUACUACGGCAAGCUGCUGCACCCAAACUACCUCCAGCCCCUCCUGGCCAUCCAGUUUACCAACAUCACCCUCAACAGAGAGCUGCGCAUUGAGUGCAAAGCUUUCGGAGGGAACAUUGACUACAGCGAGAAGGAUCGCUACCAGGGACGUUUUGACGUUAAACUCACCAUCACUUCAUGACCUCAGCUACCGUCAUAACUCUACACUCUGACCCAUUUCAAAACAAACUAAUUUAGAGAAAUAAAGAGUUCAAAUGAAAAAGAAAAAACGUUUAAAAAGAAAAUAAUCAAAAAGAAAAGAAAAACAUGACUAGUCUUGGAACAAACUUUCAUAAUCUACGGGACCUUCACUUAAUCUGUGUGCUUUACACUAGCUUUUCUGCAUUUGUCUAGAGUUAGAAUGUACAUUACAGGAAGAGUAGCAAUAGCUAAAUAUUUAUUCUACUGUAAAUGAGAAUAUUCCUCGAGCCAUGGGACGUGUUCAUCUAUUACUGUAAAUUGCAAUUCCACUACUGAUACAUAGCCAGCAGUGUUUCUGUCCCUGUGUCAUUCUGCAUGGUGUGGUUUCUAGAUAUUGUUUGGAGUGUCCAGUGCAGUACUCACAUACAAUGGUCCUUUCCAAGCCAAGAUGUUAAUUCUGUUGUCUUCUGUCUGCUUUAGUGGUCCAAGGUGUGUGUGUGCAUGUGUGUGAGUGUACUAGUUUGUGUCUGUGUGCGAGGUGUGUGUGUUCACGUUUGGAUGUGUUCCUGUAUUCCUACUAACUGAAAACACUGGCUCGGUAUGCCCAGGACACAGUCUCCUGUAUGACAACAUGGCUGCACUCCAUUGAAUCCCUCUCCUAUUUCUGUUAUGUCUUCUAAGUUGAUUGUAGGAGAAACUCUCUUUCUUUUAGGUUGAGCUUAGAUGUGGGGACAGGAGUUAGAUGACCUUUCUGUUUUAUGGCUUCUACUUCCUCGUGUUCUGUAGUGUCAAGCUGUGAGGCAACAGUGGCAACUCAGUGCUUUUAAGAAAACAUAAACAAAGAAGAAAAAAAAAAACUAUUUUUUUGCUGGAAACAUCACAUGAUGUGGUGUAACUUUCUAUUGAAUGUUUUAGCCAUUUUCAUGGUGGAAGAAUUUUAUAUUUAUGCAGUUGUACAAUUAUUUUUUUUCGCAGGAAAAAGUGUCUGUAUAAACCAAAUACCAAAGUCUCUGGUCAAAGGUUGGAAUAUCAGAAUCGAUGCAGUUCCCCGUGUAAUAGGACGUUUUGUUGGUGUAAAAGUGCUUCAAUUCAAUGUUAAACAUCAGAACACUUGCCAGGAGAUCAUCUGCUCUUGUCAUUUUAUUUAAUCUGGGUAAGACCGAAAAACAAAUAAAUGGAAAAAUGA